AUGUUUUGGGUCGUCGCACUUUGCUGCUUUUCUUUGCCCGCUCUCGCUCAGAAGUUUCAUGGCCUUGACCAUUCUCGUAGUAGUAAAAGCGUGGGAGAUGUGUCUGCCCUGUACGACCUUCUAGAUCGUGUCUUGGCCAAGAGUGAUACUGGUGAGAACGACGCAAGUAGUCAUUUUGUGCUCAAGUUGUGUGAUGGUUCGGAAGAUGAACAAGACAAUGUCUCUGUGGAAGGGGCUUGUAGUUGUUCGUCUUCAUUCGACGACGACAAUGGUGGUUGGUUCUGCAUGGAACAACAACAACAGUCAAGUACCAACGACGACCUCGUGAUUAUGGGAACAUCCGUAUCUGAAAUCUCCUAUGGAAUUGGACACUACUUUCGUUACUACUGCAACUUUACAGUGGGUUGGGAACGGAUUGGUGGAAGCGUCCGAAAUCUAGCACUGCCCGACGGCUCAGCAUGGCCAGUGGUGCCUCAACCAAUCCGCAAGCAACGGCGCGUUCCAUGGUCAUAUCUGAUGAAUGUAUGCACCCACAGUUACUCCUUGGUGUGGUAUGAUUGGGAAUCUGGUUGGGAACCCUUUUUGGAUUGGGCCAGUCUCAUGGGGAUCAAUAAUCUGUUGGCAUUAACGGGCCAGGAAGAAAUCCAGUAUAAAGUGUAUCAAAAACUGGGAUUGAACGAUGAGGAUAUUCGAUCUUGGUUCAACGGACCUGCCUUUUUGACAUGGUCUCGUGGGCAAAACGAAUAUGGAAGUGGCAUUGCCGGGCCCCUCCCGCGCUCUUGGAUGCAACAGCAAUGGGAAUUGCAAAAGGAUCACAUCUUGCCUCGCCUCAAGGAACUUGCCAUUGUGGGCCAGUUGCCUGGGUUUCAAGGCAACACACCCAUCCAACUGUCGCAAUUGUAUCCUCAUGCCAAAAUGACCAAAAUGGGAGACACGGGAUGGCUCGAUGCCUUGGAUCCAUUGUAUGCCAAAAUUGCAGACUUGUGGAUGUCCACAUUGGUGGAUGACUUUGGCCGGGAUAUGUUGAGUCAUUGGUAUCAGAUGGAUGGAUACUUGAAUGGCGGGGUACCUCCUUGGAUGACGCUGUUGUCAGAUGAUGAUGACAGCCGUUCACAAGACACCACUCCUCGUCAACCUACUACCAACUCCUUCAAAGAAACCAAAGCGCUGAUGGAACAACAAGAAAGCAGAAGACUCCGUAGUAGCAACCAGCAACAUGCAAAGUUCGAUGUACCGCACGACUCUGUGUGGUAUCAACGUGGAGUUGCGGCCUACACUGGAUUGAACCGAACGGAUCCCAAUGCAGUUUGGAGCUUUCAAGGUUUCAGUUUCAUAGGAUGGAACAACUCGGAUGUUACGGCCAGCUGGCUCAAAGGAUUCGUUGACAGCGCCCCGCCAGGUAGGUUUGUCAUCAUUGACAUGUCGUAUACUGGAUUGGGUGAGUGGACCAAAUGGAACAAUGCCAGUUAUUUUGGGGCAGACUUUAUUUGGUCAGCAUUGCACAACUUCGGUGACACCAAUGGUUUGAAAGGCGACAUGAACCGAAUUGCAUCGAUUCUUCCAUCCAUUCAGAGCACUCCAUCCACUUCGGUGGUUGGGAUUGGAGCCACGCCGGAAGGAAUCGAUCAGAAUCCAGUCUACUAUGAGUUUUUACUGGACCAAGCCUUUCAUGGGUCCCAAGACGAAAGUGUUCCCAAUGCCACCGCCUUCAUGGUGGAACGGAGCCACCGACGUUAUGGGGCGUGCUCCACCAGCAGUGACCCAUCCUGUAGUCACGUUACAGAAGCAUGGCAGCUGCUUGCCAAAACUAGUUAUGCCACGGAUCAGAGUGUACAGGACACCACUGGUGUGGCACACCGGAAUCCUCGAGCAUCCGACUUUAAAACGGACCGCUGUACUCCAAACAAACAAAUCUGCAGCGUCUUUCGAGCAUGGAAACACUUGAUUCGGGCGGCAACGGUUGCUCCCAAGUCGCAAGUAGGCUUUCGCCAACCACCAUUCGAAUACGACCUGAUCAAUCUAGGUCGCGAAGUUUUAGCACAGCUGUCAGCGCCGAUGGCGUCCAACUUUUCGGAUGCGCUAGCUAAGAAACCACUAGACGCAACGCGACUCUUGGAGACCGGAAAUGUGUACAUUCAACUCUUGGAGGAUUUGGAUCGUUUGUUGGGAUCACAUGCUGCAUUUCUGGUGGGUCCAUGGAUACAAUCUGCUCGAGCUUGGGGAAAGAAUGGAGGAAAUGACUGUCAUGCCACUGCUGCACCCAGCAUACAAGAGUGUUCCGAUUUCUAUGAGUGGAAUGCUCGCGUCCAAAUCACCACCUGGAAUCCGACAUCAGCAGGAGCCACGAAGAUCCCAGGCGGCCCCAUUGACUAUGCUGCAAAGCAUUGGUCGGGACUUUGCAAAGACUACUACGCUGAAAGGGCGUCACUAGUGCUGCAAACAGCGCUCGCCAACUCUGGCGAAACAGGGACCUUAAACCAAACCGAAGUUAGCCUCAAGGAGGCCCAGCUUGCCUUUCGAUGGACAACUGCACUAUCCUUUUACCCUACGAAAGCAAGUGAGGAUCCACUCCAGAUGUCAGUUGCGAUGGAACGAUUGUAUGGACACUGGUUUGACUCUUGUGAUGUAAUGCUGUAA